AGCAUCUCCAUCGCAAUCCUUGGUGCUUAUUAUCUACUUCGUGAAAAGUUUGCUAAUGAAAGUGCACUCUAUAUGGAUGUAACAACAAUCAUAUUUAUAUCUGCAUUCACAAUGCAUUUGAUUGCCGAGAUCUACGUUAUUAACAGUUUGUCUGAAGCUAUCGCUGAUUUCAUCCCGGAUACUAUAAGUUUGUUGUGGCAAUCAAAGCACCAAGAUCAUCGAGUGGAACUUGCAAUUACUCAGAUGACUUUGCAACUUAGUUGCCAGCACACAAAAAUUCAGCCGUAUGGCAUGGUUACAUUGAACCAACGUCUAUCGUACUCGAUCAUGACAGGGAUCUUGAUCUACACGAUUUGUUUAAUCCAGAGUGAUUAUUUUUAUUUCUAACUGCAGUGGCAAACCUGGA